GCCCCGCCCACCCCGUCACCCGUAACAACCACUCGAGCCCUCGCCGCGCCCCUCCUCCCUCCCGCCCCCCUCCCCGGAACCGGCGGUGGAGCUGCGGCCGCCGAGCAGUCGAACCGCGACCGCUCCCCGGAGCCGCCGGUAUGAACGCCCCUCGCCACCCUGCGUGCCAGGCCCGGCCUUUCUGACAAGAGCUAGACUUUGGGCGCCUUGAGGAUAUUCAGUUUGUAAGCUUGAAUAUCCUCUCACCAUGUUCAGCAUAAAAUAUCAUUCUUGAUGAUUAUCCUCAGCAAGACAGGUGUGAGAGGAUUGCUAUUAUAUUACAAUCAUGGUGCAGAAAUACCAGUCACCAGUGAGGGUGUACAAAUACCCCUUUGAAUUAAUUAUGGCUGCCUAUGAAAGGAGGUUCCCUACGUGUCCCUUGAUUCCGAUGUUCGUGGGCAGUGACACUGUGAAUGAAUUCAAGAGUGAAGAUGGAGCUAUUCACGUCAUCGAAAGGCGCUGUAAGCUGGACGUGGACGCGCCCAGGCUCCUGAAAAAGAUCGCAGGAGUUGAUUUUGUUUAUUUUGUCCAGAAAAACUCACUGAAUUCUCGGGAACGUACUUUGCACAUCGAAGCUCAUAAUGAAACGUUUUCCAAUCGGGUCAUCAUUAAUGAACAUUGCUGCUACACCGUUCACCCUGAAAAUGAAGAUUGGACCUGUUUUGAGCAGUCUGCAAGUUUAGAUAUUAAAUCUUUCUUUGGUUUUGAAAGUACAGUGGAAAAAAUUGCAAUGAAACAAUAUACCAGCAACAUUAAGAAAGGAAAGGAAAUCAUUGAAUACUACCUUCGCCAGUUGGAAGAAGAGGGCAUAACCUUUGUGCCCCGUUGGACUCCACCUUCCAUCACGCCCUCUGCAGAGACAUCUUCAUCCUCCUGCAAGAAACAAGCAGCGUCCAUGGCCGUCGUCAUCCCAGAUGCUGCCCUCAAGGAGGGGCUAAGUGGCGAUGCCCUCAGCAGCCCCAGCGCACCUGAGCCCGUGGUGGGCACCCCUGAUGACAAACUAGAUGCCGACUACAUCAAGAGAUACUUGGGCGAUUUGACUCCGCUUCAGGAGAGCUGCCUCAUUAGACUUCGCCAGUGGCUCCAGGAGACCCACAAGGGCAAAAUUCCAAAAGAUGAGCAUAUUCUUCGGUUCUUACGUGCGCGGGAUUUUAAUAUUGACAAAGCCAGAGAGAUCAUGUGUCAGUCUUUGACGUGGCGGAAGCAGCACCAGGUGGACUACAUUCUCGAGACCUGGACCCCUCCACAGGUCCUUCAGGAUUACUACGCAGGAGGCUGGCAUCAUCACGACAAAGAUGGGCGGCCCCUCUAUGUGCUCAGGCUGGGGCAGAUGGACACCAAAGGCUUGGUGAGAGCGCUCGGGGAGGAGGCCCUGCUGAGAUACGUUCUCUCCAUAAAUGAAGAAGGGCUAAGACGAUGUGAAGAGAAUACAAAAGUCUUUGGUCGGCCUAUCAGCUCCUGGACCUGCCUGGUGGACUUGGAAGGGCUGAACAUGCGCCACUUGUGGAGACCUGGCGUCAAAGCGCUGCUGCGGAUCAUCGAGGUGGUGGAGGCCAAUUACCCCGAGACGCUGGGCCGCCUUCUCAUCCUGCGGGCACCCAGGGUGUUUCCUGUGCUCUGGACGCUGGUGAGUCCCUUCAUUGAUGACAACACCAGAAGGAAAUUCCUCAUUUACGCAGGAAACGACUACCAGGGUCCAGGAGGCCUGCUGGAUUACAUUGACAAAGAGAUUAUUCCAGAUUUCCUGAGUGGGGAGUGCAUGUGCGAAGUGCCAGAGGGUGGACUGGUCCCCAAAUCUCUGUACCGGACUGCAGAAGAGCUAGAGAAUGAAGACCUCAAGCUCUGGACUGAGACCAUCUACCAGUCUGCAAGCGUCUUCAAAGGAGCCCCCCACGAGAUUCUCGUUCAGAUUGUGGAUGCCUCUUCAGUCAUCACUUGGGAUUUUGACGUGUGCAAAGGGGACAUUGUCUUCAACAUCUAUCACUCCAAGAGGUCGCCACAGCCACCCAAAAAGGACUCCCUGGGGGCCCACAGCAUCACCUCUCCAGGCGGGAACAAUGUGCAGCUCAUAGACAAAGUCUGGCAGCUGGGCCGCGACUACAGCAUGGUGGAAUCGCCUCUGAUUUGCAAAGAAGGAGAAAGCGUGCAGGGCUCUCAUGUGACCAGGUGGCCGGGCUUCUACAUCCUGCAGUGGAAGUUCCACAGCAUGCCUGCGUGCGCCGCCAGCAGCCUGCCCCGGGUGGACGACGUGCUCGCGUCCCUGCAGGUCUCUUCGCACAAGUGCAAAGUCAUGUACUACACUGAGGUGAUCGGCUCCGAGGAUUUCAGAGGUUCCAUGACCAGCCUGGAGUCCAGCCACAGCGGCUUCUCGCAGCUGAGUGCUGCCACCACCUCCUCCAGCCAGUCCCACUCCAGCUCCAUGAUCUCCAGUGAAUGAAUUCCUGUGACAUCCUCAAGAGAUGGCCCCUCCUCACCUGGGACAGAAGCUGCCAGCACGUUUCCCCCAGGCUGCAUCGUGGCCCUCACGCCUCCUGUCACAGUCGAGAUGGUCUGUGGACUUAGGUCCUUCUUCCUCUGAGGAUUCAGAGGCCACCUGAGGAGCACCCUGUCCUGUGGGCAGACCCCCCCCCACUCCACGUGCUGUCCUGAAGUGGGGCUGGGGGCUCAGGAGGGGCUCUCGGGGACUCCGGGUGACUCCAGGAAAAUGCUGCCAUCAUUCAACGUUACUUCCUCUCUCCUCCUUUUCAAAUCUUUUUAAUACUUUUUAAGCUGGAUUUUUCUGUGUGUGAACUUGGGUGGGGGGGUUCUUGCCCUUUUUCCUUCCGUGCGUCGCCCCCUCACCUGCAGUCAGCUCAGCGUAGGCAUCUCCUCUGUGUCCUCCUGUGGCCGCCAGAGGCCGUCUGGGAACCAGCAAGUCGCACUUGCCGUUUGACACGUCCACAGGGAUUUAUUCAUAGCUAAGCAGCAUCUGCCACAUCCACGCCAGGGUGGCGUGUGGCCUGUAGGAGCCCUGCUUCUUUGUACAGGGAAUGGUGGACUCAAGCGUGUGUGUGCAUGCAUGUGCUGUGUGUGUGCAUGUGUGCAUGACGGGUGCUGGGGGGACGGGGCGUGUAGAAACUUAGUUUGAGUAACAAAGGAGUCUACAGAAGCAAAUCAGAAUGCGGGAUUUGUUUGCCUUUUAUAUUUUCUGUUUAAUUCCUGAUUUUAAAGCCUGCUGUAUCUGGCACAGGCCCUUAUGUUUCAGCUUUUCAUGGGAAGAGCAGGUGAUUUGAGAAUCUGUCUGGAAGCCGCAUAGGGGUGGCCUCCAUGGUAAAGACAUGCAGCAUGUGUCUCUGUGCAGCAGAGGCCGUGUUUCAUGCCAAACCCCAUGUGGUUGUCACCCAUGUGCGUGGUAAGCGUGGAAAUCCUGGUGGUGCUGUCUCAACGCUGCGUUACCGGAGGGCUGUGUGGAGGCCGUGUGUGCCCUGUGCAGGGAUCAGGAGGGCUGGGGAGGGACCCAGCAGCCCUCUCGCCCGGUCAGGUCAGCCCCAGUGGCUCCCUGCACACUGUAGCUGUCCUGGGCCUCCAUGGUGGUCACCUGCCUUUGGUCUACGUUUGUGUAUUUGCUUUUAGAGAUCCAGCUCCUCAGUUGUACCCGAAGCGUUGCUUCCAGGAAGUCCGGCAGGGCUAGUAGCGCAUCUGUGCUGCCCCCACUUGGUGCCUCCUGUUCCCAAAUCACAAGGACCUGAAGAUGGUCCCUGCUUUCUCUUUCUUUCUCUCUUUCUCUAUGUCUCAGAUGGCGAUUUUGCUGACAGCUGCCAAGAAAAUGCUUCGUUCAACAGUCCUCAUGUGCCCAGAGAUGUUUAUAGAACUGUUUGAAUUGCAGCCAUCCCCUGCCCCUCCCAGGCUGAAGAUCUGUUCUUUUUAAGUUGAUUUGGGAGUGGUACUCUUUCAUCCCCAGAGAAUUGAGUGCAUCUUUAAGAGCCCCCAGCACAUGACUGCACAAAUGCUCACAGGGUCCAGGGUCUCCUGAGUAAUCCAGUCUCACUGUCCCUGGAAGGGAAGUCUAGGGCAGCUGUGGUUUGAGUAUGCCAUUUGCAUCGUGUCUCUACUUUUAGUACCUUGCCACUCUUUUAAAAUGCUGCUGUCAUUUCCCAUUUCUUAGUACUAAUGAUUCUUUGAUUUUCCCCCUAUUACUAGUGUCUUUAUUCACUUUCCUUCCUGAAUCUGUGAUUUGCAUAUCAAAUUCUGUAAAUGUUUUGUAAGCAUAUUACCUCGCUCUUGGUAAUACAAUACUGAUAGUCUUUAAAAGAUUUUUUUAUUGUUAUCAAUAAUAAAUGUGAACUGUUUAAAGAAAA